UUUUUUGGCUUGCAGUAAAGGCGCGAAGUCUCUGUUGGACCCACGUUGUGCGUCUAUACACGUGAAAGAGAACUCCUGCGCGUUUCUCCUGAUGGCAGACAAGCCGGUGUGGGAGCAGAUCGGCACAGGAUUCGUGCAGCAUUACUAUCAGCAGUUCGACACAGACCGGGGAAAACUCGCUGACCUCUAUACUGAUGCGUCCUGCCUGACAUGGGAAGGAGAAGGUUUUCAAGGGAAGAACGCCAUCAUGGGCAAACUGAGUAGCCUGCCCUUUCAGACAAUUCAGCACAGCAUCACUGCUCAGGACCAUCACCCCACGCCGGACAGCUGUGUCAUGAGCAUGGUCAUGGGCCAGUUAAAGGCCGAUCAGGACCAAGUUAUGGGCUUCCAGCAAGUCUUUUUGCUGAAGAAUGUUGAUAAUAAAUGGGUCUGCACUAAUGAUAUGUUCCGAUUAGCUCUUCACAAUUUUGGAGCGUAGCUUAAAAUAGAUACUUCCCAUAACAGCCAGUCAAAAUAGAUCUGUAAUCCAUUGCUGGGAACUUUUUGUAAGUUAUGCAGGUCUUACAUUUUCCCUGUAAACCUACAGACUCAGAAUUGUUUUGCACUUUUCCAGGCCACAAUUUCUUGACCUCUCCAGAUAAAAGUGAAGAGCUUGAGUAUUAUAUUGGGUAACUGUGUGCUUAUGAUGUGCAUGUUUUUCAAAACAACCUGAAUCAAACAAUAAAUACUCAAGAUGAUUUAUCAGUAA